UCGUCGUCGUCGUCGUUGUCACUGUUUUUGCAGCUUCAAGCUUGUUUCCGCCUCUCGGCGCCAUUCGCCCUUCCGCUUCUUCCUCCCUCUCGAAUUGCUAUUCUCCGCGGCGCUUCUUGUCGUCCAGGCGAACAGACUCUUGUUGCUGUUUAUAUCCCUGUUCUGUCACUCGCUUCAGUUUUUUGAUUCCGAUUUCGGUUGUAUUUUGGUUGGAGUCGAGAGGAUCGUGUGCGGGGUUUCCUUGUUGUGGCGAUGCGGGCUGUGGAUGCGGCGUCACGCGCAUGGGAAGGUUGGUGUGCGCUGUUCUCAGAUUGUCGAGCGGGACCGGUAUACGUGGCUACAGUCUCAUGGCAGAGUGACUUGUUUCAGUUGUGCAAGAAUUCGCAUUGUUGCUUUACAGUUGAACGACAAGCAUUUUAUUCUUCUGAUCAUAGUUUAGCGGCAUCAGAGCUACUGACUAUGAACUUGCGCCGCACACGAUUAAAAAUAAUGACUGGUCCAUUCUUUUCGAGGGCACUCCCAUGAAUUUCUCAGCGAUAGUGGCAGAUACAGCCCAAUUUUGGAACACGUAUCAAACAAAGAUCUGUAGGAAAACAGCGGUGCUUAAUUCUUCUUCUUUCGUGUACGAAAAUGGUGGCUAUUUGAGGAUUAAUCCGGAAUUCUUGGUGUGUACAUUGUAGCCCAAAAAAAAGGAAAAAAAAAGAAAAAAAGAAGCACGAAAGUGCGCGGCGCGGGAGUGCAGCGUCCAUGGUAGCGCUAGUGUUAGCCACUGUUAGAAAGUCGCUUCUCACGUGUCAGACUGAGGGAGAGGUUGAAGUAAUGGAGAUAGAGAGGGCAAGAGUCACAGACAAGGAGAUGGAGAGGGGGAAAGGGAAGAAAAUUAAGAUGGAUAUUGGAUGGCCGACGAAUGUCGAGCAUGUGGCGCAUGUUACUUUCGAUCGUUGCAAUGGGUUCCUUGGCCUUCCCAAGGAAUAUGAGCAUGAAGUACCUAGGCCGACACCCAGUGCAAGCCAAAAUGUGUUCGGUGUCUCAGCGGAGUCCAUGCAGUGUUCUGUAGAUUUUCACGGCAACAUGGUCCCGACUAUUCUUCUGCUUCUACAGAAGCAAUUAUAUGACCAUCAAGGACUGAAGGCUGAGGGUAUUUUCAGGAUCAAUCCUGAGAAUAGUCACGAGGAGCAUGUGAGGGCGCAACUCAACAAAGGAGCUGUGCCUUAUGACAUUGACAUUCACGCGUUAGCUGGGUUGAUUAAGGCGUGGUUUAGAGAACUUCCAAGAGGUGUUUUAGAUUCAUUGAGUCCAGAGCAGGUUCUUGGUUGCCACGGUGAGAAGGACAGCUUGGCACUCACCAAGCAAUUGCCACUCACGGAGGCCGCUUUAUUAAAUUGGGCUGUCAACCUGAUGGCUGAUGUGGUGGAGCACGAGUCGUACAAUAAAAUGAAUGCUCGGAACAUCGCUAUGGUGUUUGCCCCAAACAUGACACAGAUGGCUGAUCCACUGACAGCUCUGAUGCAUGCUGUUCAAGUCAUGAACUUGCUCAAAACUCUGAUUCUUCGCACACUGAAGGACCGAAAGGCCACUUUGCUGGAAUCCCGUUCACCACCAUCAUCAUCUGAAUUGCCCGAGACAGAAGAACCUGAACAUGAUCCUCAAGCAGCUCUGUGGGUCGAGGAUGCCACUGACGAUGUUUACGCGGGGAAUGUAUUUAAUCGCCAUGAUCGGCAAUGGUCUCAAACCUCCCACAACUCAUCUUCGGGGCUCCUCCGGUGUCAUGAACGGAGUAGCUCUCAAAACUCGCAAAGUGGUGUCUGGAUGGAUCGUGAGCGAGGCAGUUCACGGUACCCUCCGCUGUGUAGGGGUUCUCACAACCGUCAACCGAGUCCUGUUUAUGACGGUCCUCAUAAAUCAAGCCCUUACCUUAACGGCAGUGUAGGAGUCAGUUAUUUCCGGUACUGCUCACAAAGUGCGUUACUUAACGGCCUUGGCAACAACAGGAAGGAUUCUCACGGGAAUUUCAGUCCUUUUAUGCUCUACCCUCCCACGCACAGCUUCAAAUCGAAGGGUGGUAGUGGCCGCAUGACUCCUAUAGAUGGACGAACGGAACGGGUGGAAGCAUGGUGACAAGGAAAUGAUCUUCAGUUCAAUCUUUUAUAGAUAUGGAGUUUCGCUCUUCUCUUUUGGGAUUUGAGUUUUCACGAAGAUAACCACAUGUGGGGUUGCUUGUGUUGGUUAUAGACUGCCAGCAAAGUCUGAUCUCUCGACAUUCAGAUUUUCCUGAGGGCUAGUAGAUCUAACUGGAGUUUACUUGAAUCGAAGGUGAUGUUUGCUGCGUAUAUAAAUACCAUCUAUUGCGAAGUAUCGGUUUGAGAGCGCAUUUUCGGAUCUCAAAAUUAUCGCACCAUUCCUGAAGCUGAAGGUCAAAAUUAGUGAGAUUGUACUAUUCCGAUUGGCACGAAGGAGUAUGCUGGAAGAAUAUUUCUUCAGAGGCUGGUAACACGGGCAUCAUUUCGCUCUUGUAUACUAGUUCAAGUUAACCUAGUUGUCAUGCAUGUCCAGAGGCAGCAUCUAACACUAGACUCAAGGAGCAAAAGACUUGCCUGUUCUUGGAUCGAAGCCACCUUGUGAAGGGAGCUUUUUGAUCUCAGUCAAGGCCAAGCGUUAUACUCAGCAUGUAUGGAUAUGAAUUUGUGAGGUCUUUUUGUUUUGUUUUGUUUUGUUUUUUUCGUUAAAUCUCUUACUCGUCCUAGCAGGUUCUCGUAUUUUCUGCUUACCCUGUGUAACAACUAGGCAUCGAAGUAGAGAACGACUCUCAGAACUCUCUGCAUGGUUGGAUCCCUACAAUAGUACCUCAUUGCAAGAUAUUGGAUCCUCGCUUUUGGUGUUGUCAAUAUUGGCUUUAGAUGGUUUGUCACGUUUCUCGGACGAUCUGACCACUUCAUAAUGCAACUCACGAUUCUUCCAUGCAGGGUCCUUUCAGGUCUCAUUUGGGAUUCAUACUAUUUCAUCUUCAGUACGGAAAUAGUAGGUGGCAUAAGGUCCAUUCCCAUACAGCAUUGGGAGUGGUGUCAGUACCUGCAGCACAUGAGGUCGGUCCUCCAGUGUGUGCUCACCUUAACAUUUUUCUCCCAUACUUUUUCCCUUAUGCCUACUUUGUCUGGUUCACUGGACAUCAGAAUGCUUGGUUUCAAUUGUGGUGACAGUAUUGGUCCUAUCACCAACCCUUCAACAGAAUGUAAUGACUAUGAGAUGGGUCGGUGGGAUUUGUGAAUCAUGCCAGCUGCUUGAUUCUAUGACCUGAGCUACCCAAAUAUUCUUUGGGCACUAGCUUCAAAUGAUAAAAUACUACAUGCAUUUACAAUAGUGGUUAUAGUAAAAGAGCUCCUUCAA